CUAAACAAGAUGGCGCGCACAGCCAAGGCCACACCUCGUCUAGGCCGCAUCCGUGUCACGUGGCGGGGCAGUGCCGCGCGACGCCGCGGAGACCGAUUCGCCGCGGUCGUCUCCGCGGCCGCUCGCGGUUCGGUGUCACCAACGCGAAGGUUCCACCUCGGCCGCUCGCCCUCGCCCGCAACUCACUGGCGGCGCCUGCUCGUUCCUGUGGGCUCUGCCCUCGCCUAGCGCCGUGGCUGGAACGCGUUGUUGCGCUGACGCGAAUCGGCGCCGCUCCGAUCGGCGCUCAGCUGCGCGGGACUCGACUUGUGGGCUGAAGGCAGCACAAGGAGAAGAACUAAUAACAGCAUCGCGAAAGACGGGGGAGAGUCACCCACCCCGUGAGAGACAAGACGGGAGAGUCACCCACCCCGUGAGAGACAAGACAGGGGAGUCACCCACCCCGUGAGAGACAAGACAGAGGAGAGUCACCCACCCCGUGAGAGACAAGACAGGGGAGAGUCACCCACCCCGUGAGAGACAAGACAGGGGAGAGUCACCCACCCCGUGAGAGACAAGACAGGGGAGAGUCACCCACCCCGUGAGAGACAAGACAGAGGAGAGUCACCCACCCCGUGAGAGACAAGACAGGGGAGAGUCACCCACCCCGUGAGAGACAAGACAGGGGAGAGUCACCCACCCCGUGAGAGACAAGACAGGGGAGAGUCACCCACCCCGUGAGAGACAAGACAGGGGAGUCACCCACCCCGUGAGAGACAAGACAGGGGAGAGUCACCCACCCCGUGUGAGACAAGACAGGGGAGAGUCACCCACCCUGUGAGAGACGAGACGGGGGAGAGUCACCCACCCUGUGAGAGACAAGACGGGGGAGAGUCACCCACCCUGCGAGAGACGAGACGGGGGAGAGUCACCCACCCUGUGAGAGACGAGACGGGGGAGAGUCAUCCACCCUGUGAGAGACGAGACAGGGGGAGAGUCACCCACCCUGUGAGAGACAAGACGGGGGAGAGUCACCCACCCUGCGAGAGACGAGACGGGGGAGAGUCAUCCACCCUGUGAGAGACGAGACAGGGGAGAGUCACCCACCCUGUGAGAGACGAGACGGGGGAGAGUCACCCACCGCGUGAGAGACGAGACGGGGGAGAGUCACCCACCCCGCGAGAGAGAAGUCAACCCUGAGUCUCAAUACCAGGACAGCCUGCCUCACUGCAGGGUCAACGCUACGAUAGUCAACCCUGAGUGAGUUACCCCAAGUCACCACACAGGAGCUUAACGAACUGUUGAGAGUCGCUGCCCCAUGAGGAGGGGUUCCCCACGGCGCCGCGAGGGGCGGUGAAGCUUUGGGGUUCUGGGAAGAGUUGUCUCAGGAGUGAACCACGUGGAUACCGAAUGUCCAGGAAUGAGCAAUCAGCAGCAGUUUGCAGAUAGAGGUGAGCAAGAGGAAUGCCAUGACGAGGCAGCGUGUGGCUUCAUAGUGACGCACCACCACCACCACCGGGCAGCCUCCACGGAGGACAAUGCAGGUGACAUGGAGGAGGGAUUGGACACUAAGUCCUUGGAUAGAGGCACUGGUCGUCUUGAGGAGCCUCGUGUGGGUGGGAUGAAAGAUAACAUGGCAAACAGAGACACAGAGCCUGCUGGCAGCGCUGACCUUGCUGUGCCUGCUGCCGCUGCUGCUACUACUGGUGGUCGUGAUGGUGUUCCUUCUCCUGAAAUUGCUCCAUCCAUUUCUACUGCCUGUGUGAAUACAGACACUCCCACUUCUGAGGAGUCAAACAUGGACACAGAGCCUAAGCAAGAGAAGACUGAAAGUGUUGGAUUACAGAGUGGGCCCAUUAAAAAAUGUGAGAACUUAGGCCGUGCGGGUGAUGAGAAUGAUGUGGGGUUACCUGGGCUGACUGCCUCGCUGCAGGGUCUUUCGCCCGGCUCGUUUGGUAGCGAUGAUCAGGAGGAGUUACAUUUUAACCUUGCGGUUAACGUGGAGACGGUGAGCAGGGCGACUUGUCAUCCUGUUGCCCAGCAGAGGAUGUGUGAGAUUAACAACGCACAACGGGAUGAGGAAUACAACACUGAAAAUGUGGACCACGUCUCAACUCCAAAUACUUGUGGGAAAGAGGCAGUAGAUCAGUCAAUUGAUACAGCCUUUCAAUCCAAGUCACGCAAUGCGAGGUGUAGUUUAAAACUUGAUUUGAAUAAUGUAACUAAUUUACAUGAAUCUCAGAGUAUAGCAUCUGUUGAAUGUGAUAUACUGGAGGUAGAUUCGCACAAUGUAAGUUACCAAUUGAAAUGCCCCGAAGGUGUGGAUCACGACAGAUUAAAUCACAACAUGGAUACAACAGCUGUGGCAACAUCCGAAGGUGUGGUUUGUAGUGUACAUCCCAUUGAACAUGAGGGAAACACUAGACAAAUCUCAGAGCCCACAGUGCACAUUGACGAGGACAAAGACAAUGCACGAUCCUUUGCAAAUGCAACAAAGGGACAUAAUAACACGACAUCUGCAGAAGCUACAGUUGCAUUGGAGAUCAACCGUGGCGUUAAACAUUCACAAACAGCACAAGAUGUUUUGCAAGACAGGACAGGGCACACAGCUGACAACGCGCACAAAGUAAAGGAAUUUGAGUCGUUAGGACAGGCGCCUCUUCAGUCGAUGUACGACUCGACAGAUGUGGCCGUUGCAGACGGCAGUGCAGAGAGGCAGGGCCUAGGCAGCGUAGUUUGCGCAGGCGAAGACGUGGCAAAAUGGAUCAGCCCCGCCAGUCGGAGGCUGCGAAUUAACCCCUUUAAUAACAUCCCCGAAGCCGAGCUCAACCUGGAGAUCUGUGAAAAUCACUUUGGAGAAUCUGGUCAUGGCCCCUCGAGUGGCGUGCCGGGCACCCGUCAGCAGCACAUCUUCCCAGAGGUGUACGUGUGCAGUAAGGGAGGGGCGGCGGCGGCGAGUGCCGCGCCCGCGAACACGCCCAGGGGGAUGUGGCGCAUGCAGGAUAGCCGCAGCCUGGAUGGCAUCAGCCAGCUGUACGUGCUCGGGGGGGCUCGGCCCAAGGAAGGGGGGCGGCCCGACGGGCGUCGUGCCACCAUAUCCAGCGCGCUAGAGCUGGAAGGAACCGUGACGCACGAGGGAGAGUUGACGCACUUUGUGGCCGAUGACCUCCUGCAGAAGAUCAAAUUGAGCUCGAGCAGAAACCUCGAUGAUGAGGCCGGUGGCGCCGUGUUGCGGGGCUUCCUCACGCAGCGCGACAUCCCCCCCGUGGACCCCGCCGUGCUCGCCGACCUAGAGGCCCAGGCCCGCGACCUGGCAUCCAAUGUGGACCGCAUGAUGAAGUCCCUCAACACCACCAUCCAGAACAUGACAGCACUUAGCGUGGGCUACAUACAGACGUAUCGUGAUUCGGUGGACAGUUUGGGAGAGUCUGUUGACCUCAGCAUCAAGGCCAUGUACACGCUGAUGGCGCGCACCGAGGAGCUGGACAAGGGCAUGCAGCCCGUGCACAGCCUAGCCAAGCAGAUCAAAGAUGUGAAGCGGCUGCUGGACCACCUGGAGAACCUGUGCAAGUGACGGAGGCGCCGAUCUCUCAGCAGCCUGCCCGUGUUCUUUCUCCCCUCCUGCGCCCCAGACGAUGGCCUACCCCGUUCUUUUAAAAAUACUUAUUCAUUCUGGUAAUAGCUGGAUUCAGUACGUCCAAAAGAAGCCUGGGUUUGUUUAGUUCAUGGCUUAUAUUUUUGGUUGGCAUUUUGAAUUUGUCGGUGACUUCAUCGAGUGUAGUGCUUUUGUUUAGUGUUUUCACCGAACGCAACAUUGUUCUGUUAAUGCAUUCGCGGUGGUCAGAUAUCAAUCAUUGGACUACACGGCUAUCCAUGUUUUUUACUGUUUUUGGGAUUGUCUGUAAAUUUAUUUUUCUAUCGGUGAACAUCGUACAUGUUUAUUAUCUUGCAAAUUAAAUUCUAACAUUGAUCGCGACCUGCAACAAAUCAGAGAUGAAGUGACAUCUUUCUCAACAGCAGAGGCCUCCGUGAAGGAGUUGUGGUUUAAAUCCUAAUUUACCCACAGCUGCAUUAUGCAAUUUGUAGAGGUCAUAAAUGCUACCAGGUGCGCUGAUCACCUUGCCCUGUUUGCCUCUUGUGUGUGUGCGUAAUGAUGCAGUGCAAUGCACACUGCGUAUGGGAUAUUAAUUGGUAAAUUUAUGGUCGUUGGAGUUUAAUGACUCUUGGGAGAGCCACUUUAUUCAAGUUUGGUGAGGAAUUGUACAUAAUGGGUAUGGACUAUUUUUUGUUUAUAUAUAUGCAAGGUCAUAUCUGUCAACAUGAGUGUGUUCUUCACUGUGCACCCCAUCUGGCCGUCGCUGCACCUGUGCAUGCAGCUAUGCUGCUCUCCAUGCUGGAUGGGUCGCACUGCGGUGUUUACCCUUGUCGUCUCUGGAAAUUGAUGCGCCAGGCCACUGCAGCACAGGCGAGUCGUGCCAGGCAAUGUUGGGAAUUGUAAUGUUACGCCCCAAAGCAGCCCACACCAGGCCCCUGUCCACAAUGCCAUCCCCAAAGGGUGCUCGGCACCUCGUGCGCCUGUCACACGAUCCGUCUUCCCUGCAGGCUAGUCUCGAAGCGAAGUAAUCUAACUCACAAAUUCCUGAGUUUUGCCUCCAUAUCCAACCAGAGAAAACGGCAAUGGCAAAUCGAGUCCCAGUGGAGCAGUUGAGUCAGAGAUGGCACAUUUAACUCAUCUUUAGUGCCUGCCUCGCCAGGAGAUGAGAGGGGAGUGCUCAAUCCCUGCCUAGGCAUGAGACUUGAGCCAAAGUAAAUCCCCUGCAUUGUGUUGUGCCUCAUGUCCAUGCACACCUGCGACAUCCGAUUUGCCAACACUGAGCUUCGCCUCAUGCACUUAAAUUUCACCAACGUCUGUAUUUAACGGGCCACUCAUGAGAUCUCAUGGCGUUAUUUUAUGACUGUUACCCGCGUUGACCAGCUGUUGCCGAGUGGUUGACCGUGAUGUCGCGAUGCGGCCUGCACAGCCCUUGCUUGUGGCGGCCGCGCUGCUGUCCGUCGGCCCCAACGGAGCUCAGUCUCGGGACGUGACGACGAGGAGGAGGCUCCUGCUUCCGAUGUUCGGCCCUCCAAUUGUUGCAGUGUCUCUGCAAUUUAGAUAGGAACCCCCUAGUGCCUGGAGAAACCCCUUGCAUAUGAGGGGCUAACACGAUAAAUGCCACAGCCACCUACUUGCUGUAUGGCUUCCUGGUGCCCUGCUUGUGGAUGCCUUGGCCCAGCUCAAGAGUCAUGGAUGACACGCAUGUGGAUGUUAAAUACAGGAAAAACUCAACACAAGAGCCUUAAUUGUAAUAUUGACUUUAUUUACGUUGGAUUACAUUUAUUUCCAAUAAUUAAAAAUGCACAAUCCCAGGUAAAGAAUAGUGUUUUUUUAAAGGUACUGUUGUGGACAAAGAAUACCAACUUGAAUUCAUGUAAAUCAAUGAAUGGCGCCACAAUUGCAAAGUGAAGUCGGCAAUUUCCUGCUCAAAUGAGCAUUGAGGGCAGUUCUCAUCUGCUUUCAGGCUCAAGCGAGUGGUGGAAAUUCCACAUGCGUGAGGGAUGAUGUUGAGCUGGUCACCAUCCAGAAUGUGAACCCGCAACCCUCCAGAUAGCAAGCCGGAGACAUCAUCGGUGGAGUUUGACUUCUAUAUUCGGGGGGAUGGGGGGGGUACAGGGGUUCGCAUUGUCCGUCACAUUAUGAAUUACAGUGAAUAUAAUUAAUUAAAAUUUCAUGUUCAUUCUAAACUAUUGAAAACUAAUCUUGACUUAAAGCUUCCGUGAUUGCGGGAAUUCAUAUUCUUUGGGUCUUUCAGUAAAGUCACGGAGAUGGGUUCAAAUUAAUACAAAUAAAAUUAACAAAAACCAUGACGUUUAUAUCACAACACAUCAUCAGGAGGAUAAAAGGGGGAAAGCUGCUGAGGCAGACUGUUUUACAGGUUUAAAAUUGGG